GCCUUGAGAACAGUCAGGGAAAACUGGGAGAGGGAUCUUCUCCAAGUUAUGACACUGGUGUUGACUGGAAACUAUUUCUACCAGAAUGUUCAAGUGAUUAAGACUUUGGAGUGCCUUAAACUUCACCGACCAUGUUGAGGUUAACUUGUAUGAUCAUCGUCGCCGUCGUCAGCGUCACGAGGAGCGUUGCGUCAGAUCGUUGGGCGAUGUGGUGGUCAUACGAAGGAUUAUCUGGCCCGGACUAUUGGGGAAUACUCAAUCCUGAUUGGACGAUGUGUAAAUCAGGUCACCAGCAAUCACCAAUCAACAUUGAGCCAUCUCGGCUACUAUAUGACCCCAACUUGAAACACUUAAAAAUUGACUUUACAUCGGUGAAGGGGCUGCUAGUCAACACCGGUCACGACAUCUCCCUCCACAUCACGUCCGAGGGUUACAACAGUAUCAACAUGAGCGUCGGACCACUUUCCUACAAUUACACAGUUUCGGAAAUCAAGUUUCAUUUUGGAACUUCAGAUAACACCGGAUCGGAACACAGGAUAGCCAGCAUAUCGUUUCCUGUCGAGAUGCACAUCGUUGCAUACAACUCGGACCUGUAUUCCAACAUAUCCGAGGCUGUGCGGGGUAACAAGGGGCUGGCGAUCCUCGCCGUCUUCAUGGAGAUUGGCAAGGAACCAAACAAAGCAUUUGUGUUGAUAACGAAAGAACUCAGGGGGCUACAUUUUAAAGGCAAGAGGGCGAAGGUCCACCAUCUGGCUCUAGAACAGUUGCUGCCCAAGACAGAACACUACAUGACCUACGACGGCUCUCUCACUCAUCCUGGUUGUCAGGAGACGGUCACGUGGAUUAUACUUAACAAACCCAUCUAUAUAUCUAAAGAGCAGCUAUCAUCAUUACGAGUUUUAUACAAUGGUCGGGAAAAUCUUGAGGAUCUUCCAAUGGAGGUAAACGCCCGUCCACUGAUGCCUUUGAACCACAGGGUGGUGAGGACCAACAUUAACUUCAAGAAAAGGUCAAGAAAAUGUUCAAUGGAGAAAGAUACGUACUAUCAAGUAAACGACCUCUACAAGAAAUAACGUCACGUGAAUAUGUGUUGAAAAUUGCGCCUGCGUGGUAUGACGUCACAAAUCUUGUGUUUGGUUCGCAUGCAGAGGUUCAAGUGCCACGGUAGGAAAGAAAUACCACUAUCAAGAACUGUGCAAACUUAGAGGAUUGUGGGUAAUGACGUCACGGUGCUGAUUGUUUACAAGCAAUAUCUCCCUACGACUAAUUACCAAAGAACGACUUUUCUUCUAGAGAUGUGUUAAUACACAAGGAUACCUAACUGUAGACGACUGCUGUCGUCCAAAUUCGCCUUGAAACUUCCAUGAACAUGUGUUACCAUGCUCUCAAUCUGUAAUGUGGUUUCCGUGUAAUCUCAAGAUGGCGGCCGAAGAUCAACAUGGCGACUGUGGAGAUGAGACUGGUUUUAAUCUUCCGGUUACCAUGACAACAACUUUAGGCUGGUGUGGGUGACGUUGAUAAGUAUCAUGGAAUGACUUCUUGAGCAGAAUGGAGAACAUCAAAGAUGGACGUGAAGUCACGUGACGUUAUUAAACUUGUUCGGAGAGCAGUUCUGUUAUGGAUAACAGGAUAUGAAUACUUAACGGUGAUGGGUACGGAUGUCUGAUGGAGAAUUAUGAGAUACGGGAUAUUCUAGUAUGUUUUUUAACAUUGGAAUAGACCUUAUCAACGGAACGCGAGUUUUACAGAUUCGUCCAACCAGGGAACAUAUAGAUGUCUGGCGUCUGGUUCAAGACGCCAGGAAAAUGCUAUUCGUUUCCUAUACGUAUAUUACGUGUCUGUUGUUCCAGCAUCCUUCCCUGCUUCAUGUUCCAACCCACUGCUCCAGCUUCCAUAUGUCGUGCGUUAUACAUCCCUUGUAUCAGUUGUCUCCCCUUUCAAGAUUCUUCAAGAGGAGGUACACAACUCCAUGUUCUUCUAAUCCUCGCGGGCAAUGUGCCGUUAAUACCCUUCCAGAAAAAUUGGAUCUUAACGGACCGGACAAAAAGAUUAUCCAUUGCAGUUAUUAUCGGUAAAUGCUCAAAUUAUGUACAUAUAAGCGAUUUAUGACAUUCCUACUAAUAUUGUUAUUAAUAUUAUAACUGAAUAUAUCAUUACAGAAUAUUUUCUUAGUGUUGUCGGUUACACAUGUCUUUAACAUUUGGAUAUUCUAAGGUUGAAAUUGAACGAAUUAAAAACAGAUCCCGAGAUUAUUCAAAAGGGAAAUCAUUAAUGUGAUAGUGUGAGUGAGUGAGUAAAGAUUAAACGUCGCUUCGGCACUGUCCCGGCAAUAUGGCGAAAAAUAUUCGAAAACGGAAUUUAUAUGAAAUGAUACAAUGUUUAGCUCAAUACCGGAUGGGUGUUUAAGCCUAUGUCCUUUCUCUGGAUGUCCAUAAAUGUUCAUUGCGUUAAGGACAAGAGUGUCAUUUCAGAAGGCACUCGUAGCCCAUCUUCCCGAGGCCAGAGAGUUAACUGACUUUAAAAGUCCAGUUUCCACGGAAACUGGACUUUUAUAGUCAGUUAACUCACUUGCCCCGGGAAGAUGCUCGUAGCCUUGAUACUUUUUAUCAUUGCCUACCCAAAUAACUAAACACCUAUCGGGAAACUCGGGUAGGUUUUACAUCAAUAAGAUGAUCAUAUACUGAAGGAAAAAAGUUAGGGAUCAUGAAUAUUUUUUGGGAUAUUUUUUAUAGUGGAGACAUAAAUAAAAUAUCCCCAAAUAUUCAUAACCCCUGAAUGUUUAUUUUCAGUAUAUUUCGUGUUAUGUCUUAUUUGUUGAAUGUCUGCUGGGGUUUAUGUUUAUUCCCAAUUUUAUGUCAACUGUUACCAAUUCCUUUUCGCAUGUCAAGAGUCUUCUAUUAAUCAUCAAUGGUGAUGAUAUGAUUCCUUUUGGUGAUAUACAUCUAUUAUAUAUACACAGUUAAAUUUCACUAUCUUUUAUAUCUCUUAUGUAAUAUCCAUAAUUGGAUUCUUCUUUUAAAGGUGUCUCCACUUGCUGUUUAAUGAAAGGGAGAUUCGCCCAUAACUUUUUCACUUGGAUAUGUCAGGGGCAGAUAACCAAUGACAUACUACCACUGUCGUCUUGCGUUUGAUUGACUGAAAUGCUAAAGUUGGCGUUAUGGUCCACAUUCUUUUUUAAUGAAUACAGAACUCUCCAGUAACAUUGUUCUCAUCGAAGUGCAAGUUUAUCCAAACUCGUGUCCGUGGCGAGUCGAUUUGUAAUCAUGAAGUCUGAUGCACAGUCGCUGUAACGGUGGUAAAAUACACCGGUGCAUCGUGUGCAUUAUUCCAUAUAUGGUCAUGUCUAUUUCCGGUUUCCCUCCAUUGUCCUGCAUGAGUCUCAGCCUCGGAGCUGAGAUAUAUAUAUAUAUAUGUCCUACCUAUAUGUUUGAGAAAUAAUUGUCUUCUUUUUAAUGUUCCAUUUCAACACAUGCUGCCACAGGAUCUCGU